UAACUCCGAUCCAGAGCCUAUUGCUCAUUGGCUUCUCCCAGGAUGAAUGGCCCUGCUGACAGCCAAUGGGGCCAGAGCAGGGUGAGAAGGGUGACCGCUGGAGCAAUGGAGUGUUUCAAUGACCUCCUCCAUAAACUGAAGGAGAUCCACGAGCGAGAAAUAGAGGGAUGGCAGGUGAAAGUCCAAGAACUGUCCAACAAGAAGGGCUGUGAUACGAAAAGAAUGGAAGAACUGUUUACCAGAAACCAACAGAUGAAAGAACAACACAGAUUACUCACCGAAAAUAUUAAGGUUCUGGAAAACAGGCUGCGGGCUGGGCUGUGUGACAGAUGUACAGUCACCCAGGAUGUAGCCAAGAGAAGACAGCAGGAAUUUGAAGCCUCACAGAUACAGAGCCUCCAGCACAUCUCUCUUCUUGCUGGAGAAAUGAACAACCUGAAAAAAGAGAACAAGAAACUUAAAGAUGAAAUCAGGAACCUAAGAGCAGCACUUGACAAAGGUCACGGUGACCAGUCUUCCAACAGCAGCAUUACCACAGAGGUCAAGCCAAACUCUUCCCCUGCCCUUUCACCCUCAUCUGGAAUUCUGUCCCUCAUCUCUUCAACAACCAGCAGGGCAAGCCACAAGCCAGCAGAUGGCAGCAUUUCAGUAAAACCUGAGGUCAACCGAACUGAAGAAACUGAAAGCAGGCAGUUAAGAGGAGCCAACCGAAACAAUUUUGAGACUCUUCCAGUAUCAGCUCUUACAUUGCCAACAUGGAAAAAAGAACAUAUUGUAACUGGAGAGAAGAGAAUUCAAAGUGUUGAAGGACUCGACCAGCAUUCCUCCAUCCCUAUUCAAGCUCUGUUCAAAAACUCUCUCUUAACUACUGGAGAGAUGCGACCCAGCAGACACAUGAUCCAUGCUCCUGUCCCACGACAUCCUCAGACAAUCAACAGCAGUCCUGCUUCUCGUCCCUGGCCCCUAUCUGAAUCUUCUGAAUGGGUUAGUGCAGGCACCAGCCCAGUGGUACAAACAUCUCCCAGCCUACAUUUGCAACGUUUUCAUUAUUUGAACCCAACUAGCCAACAGGCCAGCCCUAGGAGACAGGGUUUUGGCCCUCCCGUUCCUAAGCAGAGCAUCGUUCAGCCCCUUACCAGAGAGCCAACUGUGGUUUUCCGGUUGACAAAUCUGACAGAAUUCGUGGACAGUCAAACUAAGCCCACGGAGAAAAAGGAAAACCUACCGCCCAAGGUUGAGAGGGCCUCUGGAGAAGGGCUUAGAGAGCCAGUGGAUGGCCCUCUGGACUUAUCUGAUCGGGGGAAGUCCAUAUCCAGUCAUGUGUCAAAAAGUGAUUCAUCCUCAGCCUUACAAGGUGGACAACUAGAAGUGAACACAAAUCCUUCUGCAAACAUCGCAGAAUCAUCAUCUUCACCGGUUGUCAUUCCUUCAUCUUCUUGUACGACGCCAGUUAAACAGACAGAAGAACAAGAGCCUGCCAAGGAUCCUAACCACAAGCAGGUAGUCAAAGAGCAGGAUCACCAAGAGGAGGUGAAUGGAAUGACAGAUGACAACAAGGGGAAGAAGGUGCCUAUCCUCACUUUAUCAUUACGACCAGCAGUAGUCGUGUUGGAGACUCUGAACCCAGCACUCCAAAAGCCAGAUUCCUUAUCAUCAAAUAGCAAGAUAUCAUCGGUAACAGAUGAGCCAGAAAGCAGCUUGGAUGAGCAGGAUGAGGAGGAGAGUGGGUCAGGACAAGAAAGCAGUCAGGGCUGCAAGAGGAAGAGGGCAUCUGUGGAGACAGAAACUGACAGAGACUUCAACACAGACAACAACCAUCGGGAAAGGAAGAUCAAGAUCACAAUGAGAUCAGAGGAGAAGAGCCCUAGAUAAAGAGGCUAUCACACUGACUUGGUGAUUUUACAAAAACUCUUCAACUGUUCAAACUGACUGUUUCUGAGCAAAUGGGGGAAGCACAACAAGCUGAUACAACUAAAAUUUACACAGUGGCGGACAAAGUGCAACCUUAGCAGUUUUUUUUUUGAGUCAAGCCAAUUAGCUCUCUUUUUAGUGGUGGUUCUCCACCCAUUGCUAAGGGAAAUAUCUGACUCUUGAGCUGCUAAAUGCUCUGUUAUGUUCACUGACUAGGUGUCUCAAUGACUGUUUGCUGUAUGGUAGGAAGUACAGUGUGGGUAUAGAUCUUCAUUUGCUUAAAACAGCUGCAGUGGCUAAAAAUUAAGCUAAUAAGAAUGAUAAGCCAAAACAGAGCAGCCAAAACCAAUAACUACAGUAAAAGAAGCUGGAUGGUCAGGUUAUUAUUAUUAUUGGUUCAUCACUAUAAACAGCUGUUUUAACACAAGUAGUCAUAUGAUCUAUCCAUCAAAUAAGCUUUCAUUUUUUUAAGUAAACUAUUUGGGAAGUCAGCAUUGAGCUGUAAAGGCUUCCCCUGAUUAAAUUGCAUUUUUCAGCCAAAAUCCUGUCUUUUUUUUUUUUUCACUAGUCCUAAAAUUGAGUCCAACAUAGCUGCAGUUUAGAAAGCUCCAGUGUAGAAAAUCUAGCAUUUACAAAUUUUUGACCACUUGUGAGCAGCAUCUGCCCCCAAGGAACAUCUGCCUUGUGCACAUCCAGCAGACAAAGAAAAAACUUCUGUCAAAGUGAAUCCUAUCUAUUAGUUUUCGGAUGGUGGAAUUUAUGAAACCAUGACACAAAGACCCUCAUUAACAGUAUCCUCACCACAAGCAUGUCAUCUGUCAUAGGAAGUUAAAGAGGCUAAAGUGGCACCUGGUACCAAAGAUCCUUUCUGACAGAAACUGUUUUUCAAAAUAGAGCUGGAUCUGAUCCAGACUUUUUUUUUCAUGUUAAGUUGUACACUAGUGGAGCUUAGUUAGAGGAUAAACAAAUGUUUCCCUUGAUGUUACAUCAGAUUACGGCAUCUAUUUUGUAUAUACAGGUGGGCCUUGAAACUUCUUGGUUUUUGUAUGUAUUAAGUGCAAGAUGUUUGAAAACCUGUCUUAAGAUAUCCUGUGCUAUAGGAGAUGUGACAGGGAGCAUAAAACAACAAUGGGCAUGUACAAACUGACAAACGCUGCCAUCAAUGGAUGACCAUGUCCGUACUAAAACAUAUGAAUGAAUUUAUACAAAUCUGCACUGUUCAAAGCAUUACAUACAGGACCUAAAAAAAUCUAUAUUAGUGUGAACAAAGCUUAACAACAGAGGUAGAUGCCACAAAUGAAAUCAAAUUAUUUUAAGCUGAAUGAAUGCUACAUACUGUAACAAUUUUUUGUAGGUAAAACUUUCUCACCCAAGCUCCACUAUUUUCUACCUUGUUAUAUUUUUGAUGUCCCUGCUGUAAUCACUAGUUCAGCUUUUUG